UCAUUUUCUACCAUUCCUUAUCUCUCUCUUUUCUUUACUAUCCAAGCAAAAACACUUCCUUAGCUCUCACCAUCUUCCCCUCAAUCCGAAAAACAAAAUAAAAGAAAAAAAAAGAUGAGCUCUCAGAUUUUAAGAUCUGCUUCAAGAGCUGCCAGGUCUCUCCUUUCAGCUUCCAAGACCUCUCGCUUUUUCUCUGAAGGGCGAGCACUAGCUGCUGCAGCAGCAGUUUCACGUAGCGGUAAGGUGCCUCUUUUAGCUUCAGCUUAUGGAAAUAGUGGUUCUGCCAAUGCAUCUAGAGGAUGGCUUUCAGGAGUUUUUGCUCUUCCAGUGGCAGCUUACAUGCUUCAGGAGCAGGAGGCUCAUGCUGCAGAGAUGGAGCGCACCUUCAUUGCUAUCAAGCCUGAUGGAGUACAAAGAGGGCUGAUUGCGGAAAUCAUUUCUCGUUUUGAGCGCAAAGGGUUCAAGCUUGUGGCUAUCAAAAUAUUGAUUCCUUCAAAGGAAUUUGCCCAGAAACAUUAUGAUGACUUGAAGGAAAGGCCCUUCUUCAACGGCCUGUGUGAAUUCCUCAGCUCUGGUCCUGUUAUUGCUAUGGUCUGGGAAGGAGAGGGAGUGAUAAAAUAUGGACGGAAACUCAUAGGAGCAACAGAUCCUCAGAAAUCGGAGCCUGGAACCAUCAGAGGUGAUCUAGCAGUGGUUGUCGGAAGAAAUAUAAUUCAUGGGAGUGAUGGUCCUGAGACUGCCAAGAACGAAAUCAACUUGUGGUUUCAGCCACAAGAACUGGUUAGCUAUACAAUUAACGCAGAGAAAUGGAUCUAUGGAGUCAACUGAUGAGCCCUUUUUCCCCGUUAAUCAGUAGUGCAGGAAAAUUUAGUCCCACAUCAGGUAUGGGUGGAGGCAUAAUUCCUAGAAUAAGUACGUGUUGAUCGAGGUGACCAAACAGCUUUGCCAACUUCAUACUCUAUUUUUUUGGGUCAAAAGCAAUAAUCUCUUUUCACCUCUUUAAUUAUAAAGUGGAAAUAAUGCAAUCAUGUUGCAGGGUAUUUACAUUUUUUAUUAAAUCAUAUGGUUUUUUUUGUAAUUUGUCU